AACCCGCCCAAGAACCCGACCUCAAUUAGAAAAUCGACAUUUUUGUUUCUUCUCUCCGUUCUCUACUCUUGUCGUCGUUGGAAGAAGAGGAAGAGAGAGGACAAGAGAAUCAUAAGAAGAAGACAUAGUCAUGGGAGAGGUGAAAGUAGACGACGAUGCGAUUCUUAAAUCCUUCCUCGCCGAGGUCGGAGAAGUUGAGAGAGAUAACGAAGUCGGCAGGAUUCUCUCAUGCUUCAAGCUGAAUCCGUUUGAGCAUCUUAACCUCUCUUUCGAUUCUUCCACGGAUGAUGUUAAAAGGCAGUACAGAAAGAUUUCUUUGAUGGUUCAUCCUGAUAAAUGCAAACAUCCACAAGCACAGGAGGCUUUCGGAGCAUUGGCAAAAGCGCAACAACUGCUGCUAAACGACCAAGAAAGAGAUUAUAUUCUUACCCAAGUCCAUGCUGCAAAAGAAGAGCUUAAGAUGAAGAGAAAGAAACAGUUAAAGAAAGACACCGCCUCUAAAAUAAAGUCCUUGGUUGAUGAGGGAAAGCAUGAGCACAUAUAUGAGCAAUCUGAGGAGUUUCAGAAGGAGCUCAAGUUAAAGAUAUCAGAAGAAGAGGGGAGACUGAAGAAGGAUGAAGCAGAACAAAAGGAGAUAUGGAAGAAAAAGCGUGAGCAUGAAGAACAGUGGGAAGGAACAAGAGAAAAAAGGGUAUCAAGCUGGAGAGACUUUCAGAAAGCAGGAAAGAAGGCCAAAAAAGGAGAGACGCGACCUCCAAAAUUGAAGACAGAGGAUCCGAACAAAUCAUACGUCCAAAGGCCGGUCAAGAAAGGCUGAUCUCUGCCUUCAUUUGUUUUUGCUGUUGUUGACAUUGAUAGAUAUUGGUCUUCUCGAGGAUAAUCUCAGACUCUCUCUUCUUGUGUCUGUGUUUCUUCCCUUUGUACAUCACCAACUUCAUUCGUCUUUCCAAAUACAUCAGAGACAGGGAAGCGAUAUCUCACUUCUCACAUUAUGACCUUAACUUAUUGCGUCUCAGUCCAGAUGAUGUCAUUAGCCUCUAGAUUAAAAUAGUAAACUUUGAUCUUUUAUAUAUUCAAUGUGGUGUUCACCACAAGAGAUAACAUAUUCUCUUCAUAGAUUUCCUUGACACAAUUAUAAUGCUACAGACCCCAAGCCUUUGAGGUAAAAAGAGCUCUGCUAUGUAACAGCACCAGCUCCAAAGAACAAAAAGAAGAACAAAAAGAAAAACAAAAAAAAAAAUUACAA